GCAAACAUCCACACAUGUUGCCAGCUCUCUUUCUAAUUUCGGGUGUGUUUGCCGUGGACCGCUUGAGACUAAACCAGAAGAUGGAAGAAGGGAAUUUUUUUUCCCCCGUGGAGGAAAAGGGGGCAGUAGACAGGCAGGAGGAGAGGCAUGUCCGGCUACUGUUGGAGCACUCCGAGCUAGCGCACUUUACCGCCUUUAGCGGGUCACCAGACGCCUUACUGAGCUGUAAUUAAACCGGUGAAAAGCGUCGUUUCCGCUGCUGGCGCCAGUAAACACAACAACACGGGUUGAGCGGCUUUAACAUCUCUUCAUGGAUGUUGGUAUAACAGCGCUGCGGUGACACACAUGGGUCUUCCCCCUCCUUUAGUCCGGGAGUGCUGGCUGGCUGCUGCUGGGACACCGGGACUGUUUGCAGCGGGCGAAGCUGCAGAUGUUUAUUUUGUAUUUACUUUGUGAGUUUGAGACUCCCACAAUCCAGGCUGAACGGACCGAUAUUCAGGCUUUACGUGCCGACGAGCAGAGUCUUCGUCUUAACUUUUAUAUAGGACAUUUUCGUAUGUGCACUCAUACAGUUUCCGCUUUAUUGUUACUGUAGCAUGCUCACUUAUUCCUCCCCUUUAUGUGAUUUGAAAUGAUUAGUCUAAUAUGUAACCCUUAUAUGUAUGAGUAUAAUAAAGAUGUACUUAAAAAUGACCCUAAAUGUUAUAUUAAAUGUGCAAACUGCCCCUUUUUGUCCAUCAGCAGUGCAAAAUCCUGCAGAAUAACCAGCAAAUGCCAAAAUCAGCCAACAUUCCUGGCUCAAAGUCUCAAAAUAUGGCGACUUAAAAUCACUAACAGUACUUUUCAUUGCUGAUUUGUUUAAUAAUCACUUUAUCCAUUAAAGGAUUUGGUCAAAUAUAUUCAACCAGGGUAUAAACAUUAGCUUAUACUCCCCUAAAUACUGCCUUUAUCAUGUCAUAAUACACCCACCCACACCCCCAAAUCCCUAAAUUCAUCCAACAGUCCAACAGUCUAAAGAGAUUCACUUCACAAUGACCUCAAACAGAAAAGAGCUUGAAAUUCUCAUGUAAGCAGCUUUAACUGGCAAAUAUGUUGGCUUUUUUUUUUUCUAACAUAAGUGACUAAAACGUUUGAAAAUGGCUGCUAUUUUUAUUUCAUGACCACAACCCGUUCUGUGCUGGCUACAAUGCACAUCAGGCCACAUUAAACAUCUGUUUGACCCUCCCAGUGCUGUGAUGACAUCAGUAGUGUCCUAAUGUGCUGCUUCCAGAGAUGUGCACCAAACAUCAUCAUCAGCGUUCAUCUCGUUUUGUGCCAGGUGUACCCGUUGCUAAGACAGGUGGGCUUCUUGCCUGGCUGUGUUACCUUUAAAUCUUUGAUGUGUGGAGACAUCCUGAACACUUUCCGCCUGCUGUUCCUCUCAGCAUCUGCACUGGCUGUUGGCUCAUGUUGGGGAGUGACGGUUCACUCUGCUGUACUGCGUGCAUGUCUGCUGUACAUGCAUGUGACAACACAAGAGCGACGAAGCGUGUCUGUACACGUGAAACAUCAACACCCAAAUCUUGGACUCCUGCAGGUGUGCAUCACAAACAGGAGUCUGGAUUGUGCUGCUGCUAAAUAUACUGUGCAAGUUGGUGCUUAACUAGAUAACCACUGACUACCAGAGGUCAACUGUACCAGCUGAGCUCACUCUGCGAUGCAGAUAGAAAUAUAAUAAACUUGAGGGUGCAACCCUUGUGUGACAGGUAGCAGGGAGGCCCCAGGAGGGAUCAGAAAUAAAGAGCAGUUAGACGGCAUUCCUCUGCAAAGUUUUGUUGCUGGAUUCGAAAGGAUAUCUGGAUCCAGAUUAGUUUGCAAAAUUUUCAUGAAGAAAAAAGUUUGUAUUUGUGAAUAUAUGAGGCGACUCCAAAAGUUUAUCACUUCUAAAUUGGGGGCAAGCUGUGCCUUUAAUGCAAAUUUGGCCAUACUGUUUUGAGUAAUAAUGCCGAUAAUCAAUCGAACAGAUAAACUCAACCCCCAGCUGUUGUUAUUUCAGGUAACAGCGACUGUCAUCCCAUCAGCUGCUGAUUAAUAGGUCACACAUUAACAAGGUCAAAGGUUAAACUGGUUGAACUUUAAGCGAAGCGCUAAGAUGUAAAGUCUAUAUCUUUGAAACAUGUAAGAUGUGGCUGUGAACUGAUUUUAGUGUAAAAGUUCAACUUUAGCUGUGAAAAACAAGCAACUGACAACUAUUAGGGAUAAAAAUAAACUGAAAAAUACAGUGAAAUCCCCAGAAAUGUUGAAGCCUUGUAAAUGUACUGUAACUGCAAACUGCCUCUAUGUUGGAUUAGAUCGAAAUCGAAACUGUGCUGAUAAUGAAUUUCUCUCUCUGAAGUUAUGCGCGGUAACAGAUGCCACAUUCAAGCGUAAUAUUGCGACGUCUGCCUGCCGUUAUUGUUUAGCUCACACACAAACCCACACAGGCACAUUAACAUGGCACUCGUCCACAUUACCAACAGCAGUUAUACAGAGUAAUGGCAAAAUUAUAUUCCUGUGAGUGUCUGAGUGAGUCGUCUCUGAUCUCUAAGGAGCCCCAUUGCUAUGCUUCACUACUCCCUCCUCACUGAAGAGCUGCCUCCAUAUAUUCUCUGCAGCUUUGUGCCCUAACUGAUGUUUAAUUAUUCCAACACGGUGAUUUGACUGUUGCUCAUAAAAUAUUGAAACAGAAACAGCCCUGGAGGGACGCUGAAACACUGGCCUCGCUUGAUACUUAAAUAGGGCCUGCAGUGAAACGGGGCAUCAAAGCGGGUCAGCAGAAGCGUGAAAUAAAACUUGUUUCUUUGUAUAAAUUGGAAAUCUGUUUCUCAGCCGCUUGGUGCUGAACAGGUCUUAUCUGAGCUGCACCCCAAACCAGUGCGCUUUCUUACUAUGGAUAAGCGAUUAUAGUAGAUCAGCGCUCUGAUUACAGCUAGGAGCAGGCACUGACUGCUAAUCUGUGGUCUUAAUACUAAGACAGGCAAAUCGCAGGGCAGCUAUCAAGCCUACUUAGAGGUCCUCAAAGUCCACAGCCGUCUCCUAAGGUGUAGAUUUGUUGAUUUUUGUUGCUGUCUUCAGGUUGACUUGAAAGUGGGCUUGAGUGUGAAUGCUUUUAUUUUGCGGUUGGGUAUAAAUCACCAGGGAAGGAAUGCUGGUCAGGUCGUUCACUGCCGCUGAAAGGAUGAUAACGAUCGUGGGAGGAGGCCACGGCCGGAGGUGCAGCCCUCGCUAGAAUCCUACUUCUCUUCCAGUUCACCCCUUUACCAUCGCCCAGUGUUGCUGUCCACCCCACCCCAACCCGGCACCAUGGCCAACCACCUGGAGCUGAUCCAAGAGCUGCAGCAGCUGGACAAGGUGCCCAGUCUGGAGAGACUGCGGGCGGCCCAGAAGCGGCGCACCCAGCAGCUGAAGAGAUGGGCUGUGUAUGAGAAGGAGAUGCAAAACAAGAAGCGAAAGGCCGACAAGAAGGGACGCAUUGCCAACAGCCUCCAGCAAUCAGAGCCCAAGAAACACGUGUCGUUUGCCGCCAGCGUGGCGCUCCUGGAGGCUUCGGCCAGGAAUGAUCCAGAUGAAGUUCGUUACCUGCUGAGGAACAAUGUGAGUCCAGACCUCUGCAAUGAAGACGGCCUUACAGCUCUGCAUCAGUGUUGCAUAGACAACUAUGAGGAGAUGGUGAAGCUCUUGUUGGACCGAGGAGCCAGUGUUAACGCUCAGGACAACGAACUGUGGACGCCGCUGCAUGCUGCUGCUACCUGUGGCCACGCAGGACUUGUUAAGAUACUCAUCGCACAUGGCGCAGAUCUGCUGGCAGUCAACUCCGAUGGGAACAUGCCCUACGACCUGUGUGAAGAUGAUCCCACGCUGGACAUCAUUGAGACUGCCAUGGCCAACAGAGGCAUCACCCAGGAGAUGAUCAACGAGACGCGAGCGUCGACGGAGAGGAAGAUGAUAGGAGACAUUCAGGAACUGCUGAGUCAAGGAGAAAAGGUCAACCAGCAGGACUCUCAGGGAGCUACUCUGCUACACAUCGCAGCAGCAAAUGGCUACGCGCAGGCUGCAGAGCUGCUGCUGGAGGGGGGGGCUCGUGUGGACCUCAGAGAUUCAGAUGGAUGGCAGCCUCUUCAUGCUGCAGCGUGCUGGGGUCAGAUGCAUGUGGCAGAGCUGCUGGUGUCUCACGGAGCCAGUCUCAAUGCCAAGACCUUCCUGGAGGAGACUCCAAUUGAUCUGUGUGAGGACGAGGAGUUCAGAGCCAUCCUGCUGGACCUGAAACACAAACACGACAUUAUCAUGAAGUCACAGCUCAAGCACAAGACCUCGCUGUGCAGGCGAACGUCCAGUGCAGGCAGUCGUGGAAAAGUGGUGCGGCGAGCCAGUUUGUCGGACAGACACAACCUGUGUCGUAAAGAGUACGAGACCGAGGCCAUCGUGUGGAGGAAAGAAAAGGAAGACGAGGACGAGAAAGAAAAGGAGUCUGAUCAGGAGAAUAGCCAAGUAGUUAAUGUCAAGCCUGUUGUCGCUGUGGAGCUGCCCGACAAGUCCAACCUACCCACCAUCCUCAAAGAAGGAAAGCAGAACGGCCUAAUCUCCACGACAACAUCCAUGCCACCUCAGCCUCCCUCCAAUGGCAGCACACCGACGUCCAGUAAGGGUGGGGUUGUCACCACCCAGCCGUCCCAGGAGGAAGCCUGGCCAAAAGAGCGCCCUCAGACUCUGUCAGAGCUGAAAAAGCAGCGAGCUGCUGCCAAGCUCUUGAACCACCCCUUGUUCAACGGUCACCUUGGUAACGGCUCCACAGACUCCUUCACUGAUGCCAAAACCACCUCUGAGGAUCCUCGCAUGCCGCUGGUCUCCUCCAAUGGCAACGCCGUAUAUUAUACCCCAGCCAGCGGCGACCCACCCCUGCUCAAAUUCAAGCAGCCUAUGGAGGAGGAGCAGCCGAAGGUGCGGACCUGCUGCUGCGUGUCAUAGUUGGUGCGCGGUCAUGUGACUGUUACCAGAACAGGAAGUGUUUGCACUGAGAGGAGGGAAGCAAGGAAGGCUCUGUAGAAGGGAGGAGAAGAAAGAAGGAAAGUCUUUGAACAUCCUUCACCACUCCCGGUUCAAAAAUGUCUUCAAGACAGGCGGCCCGAUUAAAGUAUGAAAACAUUUCCUUUCACCUCCCAGUCUCGUAACUCCUUUAAAGUGCAGCUGAGAAGUGGAGGAAAUUCCUUUCAUACAUGGAGUCUCUUUACACAACAAAUGUAAAGACAAGAAGUGGUCCCGCUCUCCCUGUUAAAAAUCAAAGAGGAUGGGGAGUGUUUUUUGACAGAAAUUUAGAAUUAGGAGAGAAGAUCGCAAGGUACUGAAUCCUCUACUUUCACACAUGGAAGAAACUUUGUCUGUUACCCCACAAACAGAUCGGUAUCAUUUCAUUAGAACAGCAUUUCUUCCAGGAUAAACUAAUCUUGUUAUCAAACCACAUGUGGCACAUUCUUGUCAUGUUCAAACAAGCAGGACAGUCAUCCUGGAAGGGUGCUGAUAUCUUGUAAUACACCGUGUUGUUGUAGUACAACACAUGAGAAAAUGCAAAACAUGGCAAAAGGAGAUCUGUGACAUCUCUUUCCGUGUUGACAUGCUGCCUGGAAAAGUAAGUGAAAGGAAUGCCAUAAAACAGUGUUAAAAUACUCAUGAAGUGUACUUCUACAGUGAGAGAUAACCGGAAAGAGUAAAAGUACUGCACUAGUGUUUGAAACGGUCACUAUAUUCCGUCAACUAUGCGUCACCUCACCGUCCUCUCACGUGGAACCUAAACUGACAGGUCGUGCUUUGUUUUAUGCAUUAUUCACUUUGUGCUCACUCGUAUAGAUAAUUUAAGCAAACAUGGUUGAAAAUUACUGUACAUGUUUUAUUUAUGAAAUGUAAAUUGUAAAAAAACAAAAAAACAAAGAAAAAACAUGGUUUCUAAAGUCGAGUGUAUUUAUUAUUUGGAUGGCGUGUGGAGAGUGUGUGUGAGUUGGUGGGGGGGAGGCGAAUCUCCCCAGCUGAGCACCUUCUGACAUGGAAGAACGGUUCAAAUGAAAUGAGGGUUACUGUCUGCGUUAUGUACGUGUAAUUAAAAAAAACAAAAAACCCAGCCAUCAUACUGGAUGGAUUCAUGAAUAUGUCACUACAAAUAACAGUGUUAUUUGUUUAUGUUUUGUUUUUGUUUUUUUCCUGGUGGCCAUUGUGUGGCUUUACUUCCCCCGAGUCACUGUAUUUGUCUUCUAAACUGAAACUGUAUGUUAUGUAAUGAUUACUGUAAAUGAAAAAUGAGUUUUCAGAAGAAUGCUUGAGGCCUCAGUAUCUUUGGUAUGUAGCGAGCCCAGGCUGUUAUAUCAGGUAAUGUGAUAUGCCCCCCCC